CUGGCUCUCCUUCCGGUCCCUCCCCUCGCCUUCUCGCCGGGUGCUGCUGUCUCAGGCACGCUGAUGCCGGCCGAGGAAGCCGCCGCCGCCGCCGAACUUCCCGCAGCGUUGACUGCCCAGUGGGGCUGAGUUCCGCAGGCUUCGGGGAUGAAGUGUCACUACGAAGUGCUGGGCGUGAAGCGCGACGCCUCCGAUGAAGACCUGAAGCGAGCCUACCGGAAACUGGCACUGCGUUGGCAUCCAGACAAGAACCUAGAAAAUGCUGACGAAGCAGCUGAGCAGUUCAAGCUGAUCCAGGCAGCCUAUGACGUGCUGAGUGAUCCUCAGGAAAGAGCAUGGUACGACAAUCACAGGGAGGCACUGCUGAAAGGAGGGGUCGAUGGAGAAUAUCAAGAUGACAGUCUGGAUCUGCUCCACUACUUCACCGCCACUUGUUACUCUGGCUUUGGAGAUGACGAGAAGGGGUUCUAUACGGUGUAUCGGCAUGUUUUUGAAAUGAUUGUCAAGGAAGAAAAAGAAUCCAUGCUGGAAGAAGAGAAUGAGGAAUUUCCAAGUUUUGGAGAUUCUCAGAGUGAUUAUGACACCGUAGUGCAGUGCUUCUAUGCCUUUUGGCAGAGUUUCUGUACUCGAAAGAAUUUUGCCUGGAAAGAAGAGUACGACACACGGCAGGCUUCAAACCGCUGGGAGAAGCGGGCGAUGGAGAAAGAGAACAAGAAAACUCGGGACAAAGCCAGAAAGGAGCGGAACGAACUGGUCCGGGAACUGGUGGCCUUUAUCCGGAAAAGGGACAAGCGGGUGCAGGCCCACCGGAAGCUUCUGGAAGAACAGAAUGCUGAGAAACUGAAGAAAGUGGAGGAACUCCGGAGGCAGCAGAAACUAAAGCAAGCCAAAUUGGCUGAGGAGUAUAAGGAGCAGACGUGGAUGGCCAUGUCCAACCUGGAGCGAGAGCUGCAGCAGAUGGAGGCGCAAUACGAGAAGGAGUUUGGAGAUGGGACGGAUGAGGAAGAGGAACAAGAGGAGCACGAGUCAAAAGAAAAACAAGAAGAUAAAUUAAGUGAAGAGGGCGACACUUCUGAGCUCUAUGAUGACCUGUACUGUCCUGCUUGUGAUAAAUCCUUUAAGACCGAAAAAGCGAUGAAGAACCACGAAAAAUCCAAGAAGCAUCGGGAGAUGGUGGCGUUGUUACGGCAACAGCUGGAGGAGGAAGAGGAAGAACUUUCCCUCAGGGCCGUGGAGGAGAAUGGAUUGAAUAAUAACGAGGAAGAGGAGGUGAUAGAAGUGCCCAAACCAAAGCUCUCCAAGAAACAGAGAAAGAAACAAAGAACAGUGAUGGUCCAGGAAGACACUUUCAGUGACAGAAGCACAGAAGAGCCGUGGGAUGAAGCAGGGCCAGCUGGCAGCGAGAAAGAGGGUGGUGUCCAUGAAGAAUCAGAAAGUGUCAGUAAAACCCACAGCCCAGAAGAAGCAGGUCCUGGAGAAGAUGAAAAGCCUCAAGUGGAACCCAAAACCGAGGGCAGAAGCACUCAUAAAGCUAAAGGGAAGAAAACGAAAGAUGCAAAGAAAACACCUGCAAGAAGUUCUUCAGAACAUCAGUCUGUGCAUGAAGCUUCACUCCAGUGUGUUACCUGUAAUUGUGAAUUUCAGUCACGGAACAAACUCUUUGAACACUUAAAAGUGACAGGCCACGCCAAAGCAGUGCAGGCACCAGCUGUUAACAGAGCUGCGAACAGCAGCAGAAGCAAAAAGGAAAAACGGAGAAACAGAUAGAACUUUAGAAACAAGGAAGAGAGUGGCCGGUGUAGCCUACGGUUCCAAAA